AGUUUGACGGAGGAAUGCACACGUGGUUUGGAGAUGAGUGGGAAGGCUUGAAAGCGAAGGCUUCAGAGAAAAUAUGUUUCGAAGUAAAAAAAUUCGAAGGAAACAUUUUAUCUGAUACCAUUAAGAUAGAAGAGUUAUGUGCUUCGUACCGCUAUUGGGAUGCACGUUCCUAUCUAUUGGACAAAUUAAAGGAAAGGCCUGAUAAUGAUAAACACCAAUAUUUUAUUGUUAGAAUCGAUAUGCUGUUAGAAAAUCCAUAUUCUUUUAUUAAUAAGGAAGGUGAAAAAAAAAAUUUAACAGAAAUUGAAUAUAUUAUGAAAGUAUCGGGUCCUAUAUUGGAUAUAAUUUUUUCAAAUAACUAUGAUAUACUCUAUCUUAGAUGGGGUGAGACAAUUCCUAGGCCUACCGUGAACCGAAAGAUAGAUUUAAGAGUAUUGUCUAUUGACAAUAAUAUAGAUUUGUCACAUUCUGAAUUUGCGCGUAAAGCAACACCAGUAAAAGUAAUCAAAGAUCGUAGUAAAUGCAUAAGAACUAAUAAAUGUAUAUUGGAUACUUAUCUCAUGCAUAACCUUCCUGAAGAGGCUAUUGAAAAUUCUACCUUUUAUGGAUUACAAUCAGCUGGACUUGAAGGACAAAUUUUCGGAAUUGAUUUACUUGAUGAUGGCUUGUAUUUCAGUUUAGAAGGACCAGCGUAUAGGUUUCCUGCACAAUUAAAUGACAUUAAUGUGUUAAGAAAUUCACUUGAAGUUUUAUAUUUUUUUAAGGAAAAUGCAAUUAAUAAAGCUAAACAUCUGUCACAUAAUAAUAAUAAUAUUACGAAGAUACUUCAUUCAGGAAAACCGACUACAAGGCCUAGACAUCGAAAGAUUAAUUUUAUUAAGAAAACAUAUUUUACACCAAAAGAAUCUAUAUCUAAUGAAAUCAAAACUAUAUUCUUGUGA